AUGGUUGGAGUUUCGACGCUCAUCAAGUCUCUGCCCCUUGUGGCAGGUAGUGCUCUUGCCAGUGUCACUUAUCCUCCUCUUCCAAAGGACUUGACUACUCCUCAUCAGCAGCGUCUGGCAGUUUACGGACCUGACUCUGUAUCCGUUGGCUGGAACACAUACGAGCAAUUGAACCAAGCCUGUGUCCAAUAUGGUUUAUCAGCAGACAAGCUGGACACAAAAGCCUGCUCAAGCUCAUCAACAACUUACGCAACAUCGCGCACAUGGUCCAAUGUCGCCAUCCUAACAGGCCUAACCCCAGCAACAACCUACUACUACAAGAUCGAGUCCACGAACUCAACAAUAGGCCAUUUCCUGAGCCCACGCACACCAGGCGACAAAACACCCUUCAACAUGGAUGUAGUAAUCGACCUAGGUGUCUACGGCAAAGACGGCUUCACAACCAGCAAGAAAAAAGACACAAUCCCCGUCAUCGAACCAGAACUCAACCACACAACAAUCGGUAGUUUAGCCAACACAGUUGACGAUUACGAGCUUGUAAUUCACCCAGGCGACUUUGCCUACGCAGAUGACUGGUAUCUGAAGUUCUCGAACCUCUUCGACGGAAAAGAAGCCUACGAAUCAAUCCUGGAGCAAUUCUACGACCAACUCGCUCCCAUCGCAGGCCGGAAAAUGUACAUGGCCAGUCCUGGAAACCACGAAGCAGACUGCAGUGAAAUUCCUUACAUCAAUGGCCUCUGCCCAGAAGGCCAGAAGAACUUUACCGAUUUCAUGCAUCGGUUCGACAGUACCAUGCCACAAUCUUUCACCUCAUCUUCUUCAGAUGCGACUGCCCAAGCAAAUGCAAAGAAGGCCCGGUCCCUAUCCAACCCGCCAUUCUGGUAUUCCUUCGAAUACGGCAUGGCGCAUGUUGUCAUGAUCAACACCGAAACGGAUUUCCCCGAUGCCCCGGACGGCCAGGAUGGUUCUGCAAAGCUAGACGGCGGACCUUUCGGCACAAAGAACCAGCAAAUUGAUUUCUUGACUGCUGAUCUGGCGAGUGUUGACCGAACUGUCACGCCGUGGGUUAUUGUCGCUGGGCACAGACCUUGGUACUCAACUGGCUCUUCCAGCGGAUGUGAUUCUUGCCAGGAAGCAUUUGAAGGACUGCUCUACAAGUACGGAGUUGACCUCGGUGUUUUCGGGCACGUGCACAACUCGCAGCGGUUCCUGCCUGUUGUUAAUGGUACUGCUGAUGCCAAUGGCAUGAAUGAUCCCAAGGCGCCUAUGUACAUUGUUGCUGGUGGUGCGGGUAAUAUUGAGGGGCUGAGUUCUGUUGGGACUAAGCCUGAUUAUACUGCCUUUGCUUAUGCUGAUGAUUAUAGCUAUAGCGCUAUUAAGUUUGUGGAUGAGCAGCACUUGACCGUUGAGUUUCUGAAGUCUUCCACUGGUGAGGUACUGGAUACUAGCACUUUGUACAAGAAGCAUGCUACGCAGUUUGUGAGGCAGUGA